CCUCACAAAAUUCGGAAACUGGUUCUAAUACAUUUAGUAUUAGUGAAAAUGAACCACAGGAGUAUAGUGAAACAAAUGAAUCAAAUGAAUCAAGUCUCUUGCUUACAAAACGUAGAAAUGUUAGUGGUAAAAAACAGGGAGAUAUUUGGCUUUAUGUUAAUCAAGGUGUUAGUUUAGGUCGGAGAUAUUAUAAAGCUAGUUGUAGAUAUUGUUCUGUUUCAUGGGAAAGAGGUCGACCAGAUGAUAUGCGCAUGCAUCUUGCUCGACAAUGUUUAAAU